AUGACUCAGGACUCAACCGGUGGGACUCAAUUAUCCCCCACCCAUUCAAAUGAGGACACGCCGUUACGGCGCGCGGCCAUAACGGCGCAAUGCCAUAACUUGCUUCAAGAUUUCCUAAUCCUACCAAAUUUGGUAUCAAACGAUUCCUCUCAUCGAGCUAAAGAGAUUGGUACCAAAAUUGAGAAGGGACAGGCAUUUUCCAGAAAGUUAUGGCCUCGCGCCGUUAGAGCCUCGCGCCGAUUUGGCUCCCCAUUGUUUGAUUGUUUUUCUUUUCCUUUGUCAAAAAAAAUUUUUUUAGAAAAAAAAAUUAUGGAUUGGAAUCCUUUACCAAACAAACAAUUAAAUGCUUCAUUCUCUCGUCUAAAAUAUUUUUGUUGUUCAAUUAAUUACAAUUUAUAUUUAAAUCGACGACAAAAUAAACAGUCUUCUCUAGCCUGUUUUUGUAAUGUUAAAAGGUUUACUUUGACUUUUGUUUUGCUUAUUUUUUGUUCUUCUCUUGUGUCAAUAAUUAUUUUGUUUACUUAUUUGUUGACGGAUGUUAUUAAUUUGGAGACUUUUAGCAGUUUUUAUUUACAGAACAAUUAUUUAUUUACUCAACCUCAACAAUUGGAAAUCCAAACUUUUCUUUUAACAUCACCACAAAUUGAAGAAACAACUAGGCUAAAGGAAGAACAAAUUGCUUUGCUUGUUUUUUGUGCUAAAAGGCCUAUAGCGAUUAAAAAUCAUUUGGAACAAUUAAAUAGGUUACGUCCAUCCCCAGAAUUAUUUCCAAUAUUUGUAAGUCAAGAUGGAUUUAAUAUUGAAGUGACAAAUACAAUUAAAGAAUUUAAUUCCAAAAUUAAUUAUUUUACUCAUUUACAGCAUCCAGAACAAAAAUUACCUCCAGCUAAAGCCAAAGAUAAUUAUUUUAAAAUAUCUCAACAUUACAAAUGGGCUUUGGACAAAAUAUUUUUGGAAAACGGGUUUAAGACGGUUAUUAUUACUGAAGAUGAUCUUGACAUUGCUUCGGAUUUUUUUCAUUAUUUCAAUUCAACGAAACCUUUACUCUAUUCUGACCCUACAAUUUGGUGUAUCUCUGCUUGGAAUGACAAUGGAAAUCCUUCUCUAGUUGAUUGGAAGGGAGGGAUAAAUAAAUUGUGGAGAACAGAUUUCUUCCCAGGUUUGGGGUGGAUGUUGACAUCUCAACUUUGGAUUGAAUUGAGAGAAAAUUGGCCUGACAUUUAUUGGGAUGACUGGCUUCGCAAUAACAAUAUUCGCCAAAAUCGUGUUUGUAUCAGACCUGAAAUUUCUCGUACUUUACAUAAUUUAACGGUGGCUGGAAAAGGUUCUAGUGGACUUCACGAUAAAACAGCUUCUUUCUCUCAAAAUGACCUUAAAAAAUUGGAAAAACAAAAUUUUGAUAAUUGGAUGCGUUUAGAGUUGGAAAAUUCUAUACAACUUUCUUUACAACAAGUUUUGAAUGGAAAAUACAAAGAAUACCAACACCAAAAGAACCUUAAAAAGCCUUCAUUUAUUGUUCAAAUUAACGAUCCUCGUGAAUAUCGAAAUUUAUCAAAAACUUUCAAUUUAAUGGCUGAUAUACGUGCUGGAAUGAUGAGAACUGCUUAUUUGGGGGUUGUUCCCUUUUUCACUUCUAAUAUUCAAUUAUAUGCGGUACAUUAUUCAGUGAAUAUUAGCGAGUUUGGAAUGAUAUCCAGUCAUAAAAUUUAUGAUAAUGCUUGGGACUUAAAGAGCAAAUAUUUGGAUUUUUCAGAGCUUUAUUGCACACCUAAAACAUGGACAGGUGUUUGCGAUCCUUAUAGUGAAUCAAUGCGUAAUUGGUUCAAAACUAAAGGAUGGAUUAAACGACUUGAACUUUGGGGAAAUAUGACUGUUUUUUAA